GGCUUGGUUACUCAGUGCUGUCAUGGCCGCGCUCAUUUGUUUUGAAAAAAGACAGAAAAACCAAAAGCUCGACUUUUCCACCACGAUAAUACAUCAAAAACCUCUUCCUACGAAAAAUACGAAGGAUACACUCAAAGACUAACGCAUAAGGAACUUUCUUUGUUAGUUUGGAGCCUCUGGGAUAAUUACUCGUGGUUUUUUGGUCAAGAUUUUGUUGCAGGUCAUCCAGACUUGUUUGUGUUUUUUGAGCGUUAAUUUGUUGAAUCAAAACCAGGGGAGAUAUUUGUGAUAAUAUUACGAUAUACUGGAGUACUACAGCAGUUGGACAUCAAAACUACGACAGCCUCAUUGGUUGGCAACUUAAAUGCUUAGAAGAUGACGUCUCUGAGGUUUCCUUCCUUUUUAAAAUGAAGUGUUAGUCUGAACACUUUCUUCACGUCUGGCGCCAUUUAAAAAAUUUAAUCGACACAAAAAAUUUUACUGCGUUUAAUUUUCUUGAUAAGCGAGGCUAUUUGAGGAGUUUAAACUAUCGAGUUAAUGAUAAUAUGGAAGCGUCGUCUAGUUUAGAGGAAAGACCGUCGGAAAACGAGAUGAAUGGUGUUGAGCACAUCUUGUCAAAACAACUGGAGAGUUCUGAUCUCGAUGAGUAUGAACCAGGAGCCGAAGAUGAAGACGAAGAAGAAGAAGAAGAAGGGACUAAUCAAGCUGAAGUAGUUGGUUUUCAUAAUCGUUGGAGCUCAGAUGGAGGUCCAAUAGAGUUUGACAGUGACCCCUCAUCAGAUGUUGACAAGGACUAUUUCAGUGAUGAGGGCUCUCUCACAGGGAGUGUUGACGGUGGUGAGAAAGAUGACGACUAUUCUUCAAAUCCAAUAGCACAGCAAACCAGACAGGAAAAGCUUAGAUUACAGGCUCUACGAAGACAUCUAGAUCAGCUGAGUGAACAAGUCUUGGAGAAAGAUUAUAUUGUCAUUCAGUCAAGAGAGGAGUUAAAGAAAUGCCACGACAACAUUGAAUGUUUGGAAAAACAAAUUGAAGAUGUCCAAAAGCAAAUCACAGAAGCAGAGAAUUGUCAGAAUAUGGCAUCUCUUGCUAGACUUAGAUCUCAACACUCUAAGCUCAGUACGGAGUUGGACAAUGAAAAAGAUGUGAUGAAACAGGUAACCAGUCAACUAGAGGAUUCUGAGUAUGCAUUAGCUCAGGCAAUAGCUGAACAGGGCAAGUUUUUGAUGGCUGGUGAAGAAGUGGAGAAAAAUGAUCGAAUGAAUGAAAAACACAAACAAGAGCAAUCUGUAUCCAGAGCAAGAAGAGAAAAUGCUAAUGCUGCUAUAGCUGAGAGAAGACGCAGAACCAGGGAAAAGGAACAUGUGUCCGCUUUACGAGAGCGAGAACGAAAACACAGACAAGCAUUGACAGCUGCUAAAAGAAACAGAGAACAUGCUACGAAGUUCCUUAAAGAAACAAUGUCAAGAGUUCGUCAGAAAAAAGCAGAGGAAGAAGAAAGAUCACGCGAUGAACUUGAUGACAAAAUGGAGGCCGUUCUGUCGCUCAAAAGGAACAUUGAAACUAACAAAGAGAAUUUGCGCGCUUUACAAGCAAGAGAUGCAAAACUCGCGCGCGAACGCGAAGAAGAGGAACAGCAAGAGCGCGAAGAACUAUUGGCCCAAGGACUCAACCCAAACGAGGUUAUGACCAGGCGGAAACGAAUAAGACAGUUUGAACGGGAUAAAGAGGCGUUUGAAAAACGACAACGAGAAAGACAGAUUGAAAUAGCUGAGAAUAUUCUAAAAGAAGAGAAACAGCUAAAGAAGCGUUACCAACAGCAACCACAGCUUUGGCCGGACAAACAACGCGAACGGUCCAAGCGAAUAACGAGACGGCGUCCAAAACCCAAGUUCUUCAAGUCGACAAGUGGAUCUUCUUCAAUGGAGUAUAGUGCUGACGUAGAAGAUACAGGGGAUCAACGGUUUGGUGGUCGACUUGUCGCCGUGUCAUCUGAUGAUGAUGAUUUUUCUCCCUAUGGCGAGACAAGCAGAGAUGAAGCUAAAGGCGGGGAUUCUGAUGCUGACGUCACGGAAGAUCUUGCCGUACCUGAAUUCAAAGGAUUAUGGGAAGACACCGGCGACAAAGGAGUCCACAAUAAAACCAGUAAACUAAAAUUCACCAAUCAACUGCCGAGCAAGAUGGAACAGGAUAUCAUGGACCGGUCUUUAAUGAAACAGAGAGCGGGAAUCGUACAGAAGCAGGUCGCUGCUGGCCGAGAAUUCAAGGGUUGCGCGUUCUACAGCAAACCAGAAAUCGUUAUAUUUAAGGAUUUUGAUGUGGGCAAAUCUUACCGCAAAAAAGUUCUUCUGACAAACAUCUCCUACACACAAAACUUUUGUAAAUACGUGGGGAUGUCACACGUCCUCAAAGACUUCAUAGAUGUACAGUUUGAUCCACCAGGAGUGAUGUCUGCUGGUCUGACAUGUGACAUGACUGUCACCUUCAAACCAAUGCUUAACGAGGAUUUAGAAGGCCAGAUAGACUUCUUAGCUCAAACUGGUCCAUUUUCUUUACCGAUUAAAUGUAUGACCAAGAAAUGUCAGAUAUCAGUGGAUGUGGUAGAGAUUGAUUUCUCUAAUCAGGUUGUUGGUGAAACAAGGAGAAGACUAGUAACUAUGAAAAAUGACGGCGCCUUGGGCACGGACUUUGAGUUCAGGAAAAUCACCGGUUUGGACCGUUCAGAUGCAAUAUCAGAUAUCUCAAGCAUCGGAGGAAUGACAAUAACCGAGGAGCAAGCUGCAGAAGUGGAUGCUGAAAGUGAGCAACAGAAAACAGACGGAAUCGGCGGGAACAUAGACGGGUCAGGAAAUACUGUGGUGUCAGAGAAAGCUCAAGAUGUUGAAGGAGAUGACAAACCCUCCAGUGAUAAACAGGGGGGUGCGGUGACGUUUGAAGCAUCUGUAACCACAGAGGGUGCAUUAAGAGAAGCUCAACAAGAUGUUGAAGUUCCUCCUCCUGAAGAUCUGGGCACCACAGGGUUACCGUCCACAGUUUCUCCUAUACCCACUGAAGUCUUGAUCAUGGAUGGGUUGAAAGUGGGAAAGAUGACUUCAGGUCAUAUCGGUCCCUUCAGCACCAUUCAGAUAGAAAUCUUGUUCUCUCCUGUCAAAGCUGGUAACGCCUUGGCUGACUUUGAGAUUUCCUUCACGGAUCCUCUCUCUCCCCCAAUAAUGUUACGAGGUCGAGGGUGUGGCAUUGAUGUUCCUGUAUGGGUAGAGAGAGAAGUGGUGGACCUUAAGAUCUGUAUGUACGACAGGCUGUAUCAAGACGCUAUACUCGUCCAUAACAGAGCUACUUCCGCCUUGAGGUUGAAGUUUGAAGUCUGUAAAGAACUGAAAAACCACCUUGAACUGUUACCCAAGAUGGCGUACAUCCAGGCCGAAUCACAAUUCUCUGCCCAGCUGAAGUUUCUUCCCAGGCAAUCGUUGAUAACUGAUUGUCCGACCUACUUUGAUGCGGAGACAGGUGUGCUAGAAGCUCCUAUGGUGAUACGAGUAGCUGAUCAGACCCGCGCUGUUCCUUUCACCGUGCGAGCCAUCGUAACAUCAUCAGACAUUGAGUUCAACGUGCAAGAGUUAGACUUUGGUUACUGUACUUUGCACGAGUCUGUACGACACACUGUCACGCUGACUAACAAGUCUGUACUGCCCCAACCAUUUGGGUUCUGUGGAGUCCCUGAUACGGUAGAUGUCCAACCCAAUGAUGGAUUUGGCACCUUACUUCCCUUGGAGAGUUUUGAUGUAGAUAUAAUGUUCAAUGCCAAGAAAGCCAAGGAAUACUCAUUCCAGUUAACCUGUAAAUCAGGAAUCGGCCGUGAGUUCAAGCUCCGUUGCCGUGCCAUUGGCGUCCUGCCACCCCUAGAGCUGUCUCAUUCAGUCAUCCAGAUGAAAGCAACAGCAGUUGGAGACUCGUGCUCGUCCCACCUGGAGGUCAUUAAUUCUCACACCAGUGCCAACGAGUUCACUCACCCCGUACCUCGGAUAGGUUCUGGACCUAUUGUUGAUGUUGGGCCAACGUCGUUCGAGUUUGUGGUGCCUGAUGAUGCUCCUUUGACGGUGUCACCGUUAGUGGGUGUGGUCAACCCUGGUGAGCGAUGUAUUGUCCAUGUGACGUUCACACCUCGUUUAGAAGUAGCAGACGUCAAGAAAGAAGCGGUCAAGAUCAUGGAACGAGAAGCUGAAGCCGAGAGGAAAAGACGAGAAGCUGCUUCUCCUACAGAGAAGCCAUCAGAACCAGCAGCAAAUCAGAAGAAAAAAGGCAAAGGAAAAGGAGAGAAGACGUCACCCAAACGAAUCCAGACACCCAGCACACCUACACAUUCCUGGAAAAUGUCUGAUAAAAUACCAGUCAAGACUUUCAAGGAAGAAGAUGUUGUUAUUGG